UCUCUCACCUGUAGUAAUCUUCUUUAACACCAUCAAAUCCCACCAUUAAAACCAAAAACCAACAUCUUCUUUUUCUUUCUACAUUUUCUCCUGUUUUUUGUCCCUGUUUUUAAGUUCCUGUCUCUGGUUUUUUGUUGUUGUUUGGCAAUGGCGGUUUCAGGGUUUGAAGGUUUUGAGAAGCGGUUGGAACUUCAUUUCUUUGGUGAUGAUUCAUUGAGUAAUAUAAACAACAAUAUGGGUCUUCGCUUACUUGAUUUCGAAUCAAUCGAACAAGUCCUUCGUGCCGUCCAAUGCACCGUCGUUUCUGCCGUCGGUAACCAUUUUUUUGAUGCUUACGUCUUGUCGGAAUCGAGUAUGUUCGUAUAUCCGACUAAGAUUAUAAUCAAAACCUGUGGGACGACUCAGUUACUCAAAUCGGUUCGUCCAUUGACUCACUUUGCCAACAAGCUUAAUCUUAAAUUAUGUGGGUGUCGAUACACUAGGGGAAGUUUCAUUUUCCCCAAAUCUCAGCCUUUCCCUCAUACGAAUUUCAAAGAAGAAGUGAUUUACAUCGAAGAAAAUCUCCCGAAAAAUCUUGUUUAUAGAAAAGCCGCCGUUAUGCCGUCGAAAAAUCCUUGUUAUUCGUGGCAUGUUUUCGCCGCCGGUGAUCAAAACCACCGAAAGAAAUCGAAUUCCGAUGUUACGUUUGAAAUUUGUAUGACGGAGCUUGACCGUCAUCUGGCGCGUAAGUUUUACAAAAAAGCCGGGGAUUGCAAAACAGGGGAUUCGGCCGGGAAAGAGAUGACGGUGUUGACCGGGAUUGAUGAUAUAAACCCUAGAGCUUUCAUUUGUGAUUUUGCGUUUGAUCCUUGUGGGUAUUCCAUGAAUGGCAUCGACGGCGAUCGUUACUCCACGAUCCACGUCACACCUGAAGACGGGUAUAGCUACGCGAGCUUCGAGUGCGUUGGCUCCGUUUACGAUGACGAUGUCGACAUUGUUGAGACCUUGAAGAAAGCCGUUCAGGUUUUCAAGCCGGCGACGGUUUCCGUUUCAACGACGAGUAAUAGCCGUGAAGUUUGGACGACGGUGGCGCGUGCUAUGGAACCGUUGGGACUUAAAUGUCGGACUUUUGCCAUGGAUGAGUUCCCCGCCGCCGGUACCGUUGUUUUCCAAACAUUCACGGCGGCUCGCCGGAAAUAACAUCGGGGAAAGAAACAACGACAAAAAAAGGUAGAUAAAAAAGAAAAAUGUGGGAAAGGGGUUUUAGUUUAGAGUGGGUUUUAGUCGUGGGAAAAAUAUUUAAAUUGAGGGGAAUUUUAUAUGAUGACGUGGAAGGAAUUCAUUGGUUGAAAAUGAAUGUGGGUUGACUUUAGUAGAAAGAAGAUAAAGAAAAGGGUUUAAUUUUGCCCCAGCCCUGUACUCUUUGGGCUUUUGAAAUUUAGUCCUUCUUUUAAUUCCAUGAAUUUAGUUCUUCUACUUAUGUGAUUCAAAAUUUAAAGUCCAAUUAAAACACUAUUGAAAUA